CUCCUCUCGCCACCCGCACCGCACACGGCACACCCCCGCCGCAGAUCCACCGAGGCUAGGGCUCGCGCGCGCGGCAAGCGAUGGCGAUCAAGAAGCCGUCCAAGACCGACAAGAAGCACUCGUACGACCAGAAGCUGUGCCAGCUCCUCGACGAGUACUCCAGGGUGCUCGUAGCGGCGGCGGACAACGUCGGCUCCACCCAGCUCGCGGAGAUCCGCAGGGGAAUCCGCGGCGACUCGGUCAUGCUCAUGGGGAAGAACACCCUCAUCCGCCGCUGCAUCACGGCGCACGCCUUGAGGACGGGCAACGAAAACACCAAGGCCAUCAUACCCCUCCUCCAAGGAAACGUCGGUCUCAUCUUCACCAAGGGUGACCUCAAGGAGGUCCGCGAGGAGAUCGCCAAGUACAAGGUUGGGGCCCCUGCUCGUGUUGGGUUGGUUGCUCCUAUUGAUGUGGUGGUUCCCCCUGGAAACACUGGUCUGGAUCCCUCCCAAACUUCUUUCUUCCAGGUGCUUAACAUCCCCACCAAGAUCAACAAGGGCAGUGUGGAGAUCGUCGCCCAUGUGGACCUCAUCAAGAAAGGUGACAAGGUGGGCUCAUCCGAGGCUGCCCUGCUUGCCAAGCUCGGUAUUCGCCCAUUCUCUUAUGGUCUUGUGAUCACCAAUGUCUAUGACGAUGGGUCGGUGUUCAGCCCCGAGGUUCUUGACCUCACCGAGGAAGACCUGAUGGAGAAGUUUGCGUGUGGUGUCUCCAUGGUUGCCUCGUUGUCCCUGGCAGUCUCGUACCCAACUUUGGCUGCUGCACCGCACAUGUUCCUCGAUGGGUAUAAGAAUGUGCUUGCUGUUGCUGUGGAGACAGAGUACUCGUUCCCCCAUGCUGAUCAGAUCAAGGAGUACCUCAAGGAUCCCAGCAAGUUUGCCGUUGCUGCCGUGCCGUCUGGUGGUGGUGCUGCUGCGGCUGCAGCUGCUCAUGAGGAGGAGAAGAAAGAAGAGGAAUCCGAUGGUGAAUCUGCCGGUGAAGAGGGAUUCAUGAACCUGUUCGACGACUGAUAAAAGCUGCACCUUUUAUAUGUCUCGUCAAGUUGCCACUUGUGUCGUAGUGUAGAUAGAUGAGUGAGCUCUAUUAUCUUACUAGAAAACAAGUAAGUGUAAUUCCCCCUAAACAAUAAAAUAUGUUGACAUGGGGAGGAACAUAUUUACUAGUUAUAUCAUCCGCAAUUGCCUCAA